AUGCAAGAUGCAGUUCGUCCAAGUAAGCAAGCGUUCAAAGCUAUGUACGAGAGAGGAUUUCGAACUUGGCAUAAUUUGCAGAAGAAGGCACUUCAUGAUGCUCGGGGCAAACAUCCUUCAUUGAGCUCGAUCUUACAAGCCGACACUGCACUGCUCUCCCAUCCGUCGUUUCCGAAGGACCUUGUUCUUGACAAGUCAUUUUCAAACACUGUUCUUGCAGAGGGUAUCUCUACCUGGAGAACAGCCAAAUCCCCGUGCGAUUCACCAGGCUUCGAUCAGAAAUUUUACAUUCACGUCGCUUCAGACCGUCCUGUCAAUAUCAAUAUUUCUCAAACUAAGAGACAGGAAUUUGAUUUGUCAAAGAUUUGUGGCGAUGAUGAAGAUCAUAUUGCCGUGCUUAUCCUGGCUUGGACUUAUAUCCUUUCUGCGAGAUGGGCAGAGAUCAUUCCUGGAGUUGCUGGUCCAGAGUAUAUGAAUUCUCUGGCUGAGUGGACAGGCAGAGAUAUAUCAUCUGAGGAUUAUUCGGACGACUCCAGCAAAGUGGUUAUUGAGCUAGGGUAUGUUGACGAUGACGCUGCUCGAUGGUGGGCAGCUGUUCUUGCUCCAGAAGGGGGUUGGAAAACCACUAUUCUGAGUGAUAGGGGACAAGUUCUCCACUCCCCGUGGCAUACGAAAGUUGCAUCAGAGCAACCUCUGGUACUCUCACGCGAGGCGUCAUCUCCACCUUCUCCAGGGUACCGACCUGCAGCAUCAUUCGGAACAGCUUUGAGAUUUCUUUGGGGCUACUGCGAAUAUCAUAAUGUGGUUGAGCAGAGCCAUGCUGCUUUGGCCGCCGCACUACUUCUUCCGGUCGCUCAAUACGAAAACAGAAUAGUAAAUUUACCUCCCCCACGAGCUGGACACAACCUACGCUCAACCACGAAACAAUCUCCCGGUAUUUUCAGCUCAAUAUGGACGAAUCUCAAGUACCUGGACAGUCUCACAACACUAAGCUGCAACGCCGUGGGUGUCAAGUCACUCCUCAACAGCGUAUUCUUUGAACGCGGCGUAGAAAGCAAUAUCUGUGGUGCGUUCCUGCAAGGCACAUUUGAGGUUCUUGGGUCAGAGACUAUGCAAGACCAGAACGUCCUCCUUCGGGCCAUGAUGAAGCGAGAUCCUGGUCUGUCUUUGCUAUGGCUGGGAGCUUUCAUCACCGGAGCCCAAACUCGUGCUUUACAAGAAGCCAGACGGGGAUGGUGGAAGCUUGAUCUGAAUGUCGCGGCGUGGACCGGGACACUGAUGUCAUUCAUUCAGGAACCGGUUGCGGGAGGUCGCGUUGAGGGAGAGGAAGAGGAAGAGGAGAUCUCGAGAGCGGAUGAAUGCCGAUUGCUGUAUAUGUCCCACGAGCAAAGCUAUACUGUUCCUCCGCUCUUUCCAUUUGCACCAUUCGGAUGUAUAGCAACAAAAGACACCAAUAUCGAGGUUCGUCAGCAUGUCAGAUGCGAAGCUCGCCAUAGUCUUGAGUUCAAGAGUCUAAGCUGGCGAUGUAUUGAAAACAACACAGCCACCUCUAUACCCUCUCCUACACCACCACUGCGGCCCAAGAACGGAUAUCCGGUACCCAAGGAUAUAUCUAUUCCCAUCACCUACGAGAGACUUGAUGACGAAGAUGACGACUGUUCGGAAAUGGUAACGAGAAAUAUCUUUACCUGGCUGCGUGACGAGGAUGGCUUUCCCGUCGCUGAGAGGGACAUUCGUGAACAUGAAUGGAUAGACAAUUUGAAUGACGAUGACGACUCUCCGAUUACGGGCGACACGAGGUCGUGUACAGGAGGUAAUCUGCAUGGAUGGUUGGGGAAGACUGUGACCUGGCGGUCGAAUUCAUUGUAA